GCAAAGCUAAGAUGCUGCCAUGAAAGCCUUGUGUUUGCUGCGCAGCGAUGAAAACUUCGCAGAGUGCGGCGUGCAAGAAGCCGGCAGUGAAGGUAGCGAUGAAAACAACGACGAAGACAAAGACUUUCAAGAGGACAAAGGCAUCGAUGAAGGCCACUUCAAAGAAGGUUCCGGCAAAAAAAGAUAAGGCAAGCCAGAAAACGAAGGCAAUGAAAGCAAUGAAGGCAAUGAAAGCAAUGAAGGCAAUGAAGGCAACCAAGUCGACCAAACGAGCUCCCAAGACAACAGCUCUUGGGAGAGCCAAGGUGAAUAAGCCAAUGAAAAAACCAUCUGCCAAGAAGACACCUUCAAAGACCAAGGUGCCCCAACGAUGGGCUCAGGUAUAUGCAAGAACCGGGGCCGACAUCGCCGACAUCGUUUUUGCAUGGGAUCUAAGGAGCUUCAAGCAGGCUGUUAAGCAACUCUCAGAUGUCAACAUACUUCAAGAGAGGUUUCGGGAUUGGAUCCUGUCCCUUCCUUCCGAUGGCCGUUUAGGACUCAGGAAGUUGGAAAUCUUAUUGACUGCUGGCUUGAAUGCGAAUAUGCCUGGAUUGUUGCGGAGAUGCGUUGGUCGGGGCGCCAGCGCAUGCGUGAAACUGCUCCUAGAACAUGGAGCUGAUCCGAUCGUGGAGCCAGCGCAGCCCAAUGCGUUUUUCCUGUUUGAAGUUUGUGCGCGUCCUUACUUGGAGGAUCAGGAACUGGAACAAGCACAGGCGGUGCUGCUUGAGCUGAAGAAGUUCCUUUUCACAAGUCCCAGGUAUUCAGCAAGAGCUUCAGAGCUAUGGAGAGAUGCCAUUGAACACAUGCAUGAGGCGUAUGUGCAACAUUUUGAUCGUAGAGGCCUCAUCCACUACAAGAAAUGGCUCAGGGACAACCUUCUGCAAUUUGUGGAUGAAGGCUAUCGCGAGCACGACCCAGAACAACAGGACAGGCGUGACAAACUGAAUGAAGAACUGCAAGACUUGCAGAGAGACGGCACCAUGUCGGUGAGAGAAGCAACCCUCCGGGAGAUGGUGCCCAUUGCUCUGCCAACAGUGAAAUCUCUGAAGGAGCUCUUGAGACUGGUGCUACCGCUCAUCUUCAGUCAAUGUCUAAGUGUUGGUGCUGAUAGAUGGACUUUGACGUUUGUCGGACACUACGACUACCAGAAUCGAUCACACUAUGAUGGUGCAGGUAUUGGAAAAAUGUACUCGAACAUCACCGGGCUGUCGCUUGGUGUGAGCGCAACCAUUGGCUUAGCCACGUUCUGCAGCCAGGCUUAUGGUGCGAAUCAGAGCGACAAGUUGAACCCCGUCUACGUACGCCGAGCUUUGCUGCUGCUAUGCCUUUGUUUUAUCUUCGCAUUUUGCAGUGCAGUGCUCUGCCAACCGCUGCUCAUUGCCUUGGGUCAACCCGCUGAUGUGGCCUACACCAGCGCCCGCUAUGCGCAAGUGCAGCUCUUGGGCGUUCCAUUCUACUGGCUGUCCAAUGCAGCAAAUAUCGCGUUGCAAUCGGCCAAGUACACAAUGCCUGGCUUGAUCAUGAAUUUAGUUAGCUCCCCUCUGCAGAUUCUGCUAUGCUUCGUUUUCAUGCAUCCGCAGCUCCUGAACAUGGGCUACAUUGGCAAUGCACUGGCUCGAGCCGUAGGUGGCAUGAUUUGUUGCGUGGUCCUCUUCACCGUCAUUCGGUGCCAACGGCUUCAAACAUUAGUGUGGCAGCGCGCUGCCGAUUCAGAGCCUGUGAUCAAGGCCGGUGCCUUCCGCAACUACUUGGCGGUGUCGGUGCCGGCCGCCUUGGUGGUGUGGUCCGAGUGGUGGGCCUUCGAGGUCCUGUCGCUUCUGGUGGGUCGAACCCCCAACGCUGUGGCAAACCUGGCCGCUCAUGGCACCAUGUUCAACAUCAUCGUUGUUUUCUACAUGUCAUGGACCAGCACUUGCACGGCAGUUUGCACCCUGGUGGGAAACCUCCUGGGAGCUGAGGAAAAUCAUCGGAUUCGACCUUUGCUGUACACCUCGGGGCUUUUCAGCUUGGUGACGUCUUUGUUCAUAGCAUUGGGCUAUGAAGCCCUGAAGCACGACUUCGCUCAGAUGUUCACAAAGGAUCUGCAAGUCCAGCAGCUCCUGGAGAAUAGCUCCCUUGGUUUGGUCUUGAGUGUACCCUGCUAUGCGCAGUUGAUGACCUUCUAUGGUGCCUUGCGCGGUGCGAAUUUCCAGAGGCCUGGAAUCCUGGGCACUUUCAUUGGCUACUGGGUCGUUGGACUGCCAUUGGCAGCCUUCUUGGGAUGCUACUGGCAUUGGCCCUCCCCUUUGCUCGGAGUUUGGUUUGGGAAUGCCACUGCUCUUGCCAUUGCUGGCACAUGGGUAUUGACUGCGGUGUUUUUCCGCAUCGAUUGGAUGACUGUCGUCCGCGUAAGCGGAGUCUCACCACUGUUGGAGAGGAGGUCCGAUCCAGAGGAUUGCAAUUCAGAGAUGCCGCCAGUCAGUCGGAAGGUGCCGCAGCAAGAACAAUCAUGA